AUUCAAGACCUGGGGCAGAACUACCAGGAUGCAGUGUUCUUCAUGAUAAAGAUGAGGGUGCAAUAUCUGUGUAUUGACAAUCUCUGCAUCGUUCAAGAUGACCUUGAAGACUGGCGGAUCGAGUCCGAAGCAAUGGCGAGAAUAUAUGGAGGAGCAUUAUUCACAAUCGCGCGCCAGUGCGACGAGUUUAGCUCCAUAUAG